UAUGCUUUCAGUAUAUUUUUAUGGACAUAGGACAUAAGAAUAUUAUUACAGAGAAUGCCUUAAAUAUAAUUAAGCAUAUCAAACUUGAAUCUGUAUUGUCAAUUCUUUUGGCUUCAAAAAUAUUUACAAAAAUUUCAAUUUGUUUUGGACAUUCAGAAACGUGGUCCUUUGGCAUUUAAAUGUUUAAUCGAUGCAUUAUUUAUCACUGGACAACAUAGCCUUGCAAAUAUUUUAUGUCCUCGUGAAGAUCAAAAAAGAAAGAGCAAUAUUAGAUUUAACCUUAAAAAGUUCAGAAGUGUUAUUAGAUGAUGAUAUGUACAAUAUGAGAGUUAAACAUAAAGGAUUAGCCUUUAUAAUUAAUAAUGAACAUUUUGAAGUGAAUACAAAUAUGGUUCAGAGAAAAGGAACAGUAAAUGAUUGCUUAAAUUUACUAAAUCUCUUUGAAAAAUUAGGUUAUACUGUUAUAGUUAAAAAUAACCUAAAUAUAUCAAAAAUGCGGGAGGAACUUGAUCAAUUUUCAAAAUAUAUGAAUCAUACAUCUUCUUGCAUAGUCACAAUAUUAAGUCAUGGGAUAAAUAAUAAAAUAUAUGGAACAGAUGGAGAAUUAUUAACAUUAGAUUAUAUUGCAUCCUUAUUUGAUGGCAAAAGGUGUCCAUUACUAAUGGGUAAACCAAAAAUUUUUAUUUUGCAGACUUGCAGAGCAGAGAAUGAAAGAAAUGGACUCUUUCAUACUGAAUUAUAUAAGGACAUGCUUAAAGGUGAUUAUGCUGAUUCAAAAAUAGAGAUAGAGGAGGAAAGCUUUACAACCAGUAAAUAUCCUGGUGGUAUGGAUAUGCUUUUUAUUUAUGCAACCCUACCUGGCUUCAUGUCUUGUGGAAAUGAGUUUUUGGGUACUUGGUUUAUUAGAACUUUUGUAAAGGUAUUAGCACAUCACUCACAUGAAUAUGAUAUUUUGACUAUGUUGACAAAAGUCAAUGAAGUUAUUUCUCUCAGUUUCGAAUCAAUAUCUGGCAACAAAUUGAUGUGUGAAUUUAUUUCAAGAUUAUCCAAAAAAUUUUAUUUUAAUAAUAUAUAGUUAUUUUGGAUGCAUUAUAUUAUAAAUUAUUUAAUCAUAGUCAUUUUAUAGUAUUUUAAUUUAUAAUUUCGUUUAUUUAGUUGCUCAAAUUAUUUUUGAUA